AUGAUUGAAAGUAUUCAAAAUAUUUACAUUCGAAAUAUUGAAACAAGAGACACACCAAAACCACAUACAGUUUAUAGGGUAGAGGUGAAUGCUGCAGUUAGAACUUGGUCAGUUUGGAAGCGGUAUAGUGAAUUUGAUGAAUUAAAUGACAAACUUAUAAGACUUUUCCCGAGUAAUCCACCACCAUUUGAAAUACCCGUCAAACAUUAUUUUCAGUCUACCCUUGGAAACCCGGUGUUGGUAGAGGAAAGGCGUAGAGGUUUGGAAGAUUAUUUAAGGGGAAUACUUUUUCAUAAAGAUGAUCGUUGGAGAGAGACCGAUGAAUGGAGAGAAUUCUUGGCUAUACCAACAGGUCGAUCACUUGAUUCUGCAUCAUUGUAUACUUCAGAAAGUUGGCUUGACGAGUAUAAUGAUGUGCAAGCCAAAGCUAAAGAGAUUAGGUCACUUUUAAAUAAACGUGAAACUCACAUUGCACGUAAUGAAGUACAAUUGUCACAUAACUUUAAUUUGCAGGCAAAGAAAAAUUUGACGUUACUUGGAAUGCGGGUGUCACAACUUGAUGCGGGUCUUAGAGGGCUCGCGGAAGGAAAUGGGAAAGAUGGGAAAGUAAUGUCAGAAGGAGAAUUGAGAAGACGACAAGAUAUGUUGACAGAAACUAAAGAAGAAAAAGAUACUUUGACAAAACUUGUAUUGACGUCGAGAACUGAUAUUAGUAAAGCGACCACACCAGCAAGUUCGGUGGAUCGAUCAGCUUUAUUCCGACAACCUUUUAAACAAACCCCAAUCAAUAAAGGAAUGGUUGGUAAAAAUAAUAAUGAUGGAAUUUCUUCUAAAGUAGCACCAGUAACACCGUCAAGAAGGGUUUUUGGUAAUAAUCGAUCUACCAUGCCAACAGAAACAGAACAAACUCGUGGAUUGGAUAAUGAUGGAUUAGUUAAUUUACAAAAACAAACUAUGGAAGAUCAAGACCAUCAUGUUGAACAGUUCAGCGCUAUAUUAAGUAGACAUAAACAUAUUGGUUUAGCUAUAGGUCAAGAAUUAGAUUAUCAAAAUCAAUUGUUAACUGAGUUGGAUGGAGAUCUCGAGAGAACUUCUGAUAAAUUAAGGUUCACCUCAAGGAAAAUGAAUUCAAUUAAAUAA